AUGAAUAAGUUACUGAACUUAGCGCAAAGCAAUUUACUUGAAAUGGACAAACUACAUUACGCCGGAGUCCUUUCAUUCGGUCACAAAAAGCUUUUAGUGUUUGAAAUUUUAGACACAACAGACCGGGUGCAGCGCGGGUUUGCUCAAAAAAUCGUAAGGGCCUAUAGGACGGUCUCUCUAAACGCUGCCGUAGCACUCGCUGGCCUGCUUCCUCUGGACCUACGGGUACAAGAAGCGGCCCUUCUUUACGAAGUAAAGAAGGGCCACAGCCAGCGAGUGCUGCGGGACCGAGAUUUGGAGAGACCGACAAAGUACGAAGAGGCCGAGCACCCCGCCCACCUGGAAGGGCUGCAGUUCGACUGCCUGACGGACGGUGACGAAGUUGCCCAGCGAGCUACCGUCGAUGUAAGAAUUUACACCGACGGUAGCAAAAUUGACGGCAGAGUCGGCGCGGCGUUAUCCAUAUGGGAUGGCGCCGCGGAGACCUCCUGCCGGAAAUUAAAGCUGGGGAAUUUCUGCACCGUAUAUCAGGCGGAACUGUAUGCCCUAUAUGAGGCCGUGAAAUUUGUUGUUAGGAGCCCCUCAAGGAGGUUUGGCAUUUACUCCGACUCCAGGUCCGCCCUAGAGUCGUUGCGUAGUAUCGACUCCCUCCACCCCCUCGUAGGGGAAAUAAGGAGAAUGGUGAAAGGUUGUGUGGAAGCGGGGAAGGAAGUAAGGUUGAAUUGGAUAAAAGCGCACGUGGGGGUGGAGGGAAACGAGAGGGCGGACCAACUCGCAAAACAAGCGGCAGUCGGAGUAAAGACCAAACCUCAUUACGACAAAGUUCCUGUUUCAUUCGUCAAGCGACAACUCCGAUUGGACUCGCUUGACGAAUGGAACAGGCGCUACAAAGAGGGAGUCACGGCCUCGACAACUAGAGUCUUCUUCCCUGACGCCAUCAGCGCCUACCCAGUGCUCCGCAAGUUAGAGUUGGACCCCGUGCUGGUACAAGUUUUAACAGGUCACGGGGGGUUCGCAGAAUACUUACACAGGUUCAAGUGUAAGACGAGCCCCUCGUGCAUCUGCGAUCCGGCACGGGGCGAAUCCGUGCUGCAUGCCAUAGUAGAGUGUCCGGUGUUUGGUAGGAAGAGAGUAGAAUUUGAAACUGCAACAAAAGAGAAAAUAUCAUUAGAAAACAUAAAAAAUUUAAUAAGAAACAAGGAGAGUAGAACAAAAUUUAUAGAAUAUUGCAAGGAAAUAGCAAAUAAGAUAAUAGAAAGAAAUAAAACAAAAUAG